GUACCGUUCCAGUGGUUUUGUUCCAACAUGUUGGUACGGUAGAAGCAAUGAGUCAGAAAAGACUCAUACAUAAACGGGCCAGGCACAUACAGCGCAUGAACACCGCGGACCGUAUCCAUAACGCACCUGGAGAUACUGCAGAAGAACAUAGGAUCGCUGGUGCCAUCAAAUCAUUUUCUGUGGAACUAGAGGAGAGAGGAAAACGGAGUUAAUAUGGGAUGGACAAUCUAACGACAACCAAGAUUGUAAAUGCUGGUGCCGGUGGCAAGGUUGUCAAAGAAACAGUAACCACAACAACCCGGUUGACAUCACUGCCGCCAACCUCAGGUGGUCUCUCUUCGAGGAGUGGGCUGCUCUCUACUGGAGGAGGAGAGUCUACCAGUAGAGCCAUCACAGGAGGCAGUAGCUCAGUGCUAGUAUCCUCCUCUGCUGCAGCCGGGUCUGGGGGUGGAGCUAAGUCUGGGUACGGAGGGGGAUCCGUCAGCAAAUCAACCACCAUUACCACUAUAGAGUCCCCCUCUUUAUCCUCCGGUGCUUCAGGGGCCUCUGGCGCAGCUUUUCGGUCUUCAGGGGCCUCGGGGGCAUCGUUUGGGGCUAGCAAAACCAGCGGCUCCCUCUCCAAUUCUGGAGGGGGUCUUAUGUCAAGCUCCAGUUCCAGUCUUACUGGUGGUUCCAGUUCUGGUUUUGUCUCUAGUUCCAAAGGAGCAGGAGCAGGAGGAGGCAGCUUUGUCACUGGUUCCAGUUCUGGUUCUAGUUCUGGUUUUGCCUUUAGUUCUGGUACCGGAACUGGAGGAGGGGAUUCUUCUAGUGCCAAAAUGUCGGCCGGCGGCUUGGGCUCUGUGACCGUUUCCACGGUUACCAGGUCCAACUACAGCUCCUCGGCAGAGGCGGGUUCAGGUGGCGUGAAGAGGGGCGGGGCACAGGGGUCUGCAUCCUCUGCUGUCAGCUUCUCCCCCACCCCCAUGGAGAGAAAGAGCAUGACCACCACUAUGAUCGCCCGCUCCAUGGGCUACGAAGGAAGAUCCAGUGGAAACUCAUCUCCGGAAUACACAAGGAGAGAAUAUGCUGCAGCAAAUGCAACUGCCAAUACACCCACCAGAGGGCGGAGCCACAGCAGAGAGAGUGAGAUCAGAUGCAGACUGCAGAGUGCCUCCCCCACAGCCAAAAGAUGGACGGAGCUGGAUGAUGUGAAGCGGCUGCUGAAGGGGAGCCGCUCCAGCAGCAUCAGCCCCCCUCGCUCCCCCACCAGCACCCUCCCUAUCCCCAGGAAGGCCAGCGUAGAGACCAGAACCAGGCCGAACAGCUCCCAGUCAGGCCAGUACAACAGCGCCACCCUGGACUUAGGAAUGCCUUCCUACGUGUGGUCAGGCCCCACGGCUGGAGGCUAUGGUUACCACAGCAACGCCAUCAACCGGUCCCCCAGCUCCACCCUCCAACACUCACCCACCACACUCACAGCCACAGGGCUUCAGAACAACCUGGCCCUCAGCUCUAUGUCCAUGAACUCUGGACUCUCUGCCUCUAGCACUGUUCACGGUAUGCAGAAGAACCUGGCCACAACCACUGGCGGUAUCCUGACAGCUAAUGGAGUCAACACACAAACAGUCUAUGGUGUGCAGAAAAAUGUCACAAGCACAGGGGUGUCCACAAACACAGUGGCGCCCAGCAGUCCUACCGGUGAAGAGGCCAAAGAAUACAAAUUCAUGCUGCUGGAGAAAGAGAACGCUCCCGUCAAAAAGGAGACGGAAAGACUCAUCAUGGCCAAAGAUACUGGCAAACAGUUCUCCUCUGCUGCCACUGCUAUUGCCUAUUCUGAGGACUCACUGAAGAAGGAGAAGAAGAAGGUGUCCGGCUUUGUGGAGACAGCUACAGCCAGAACCACAGAAACAAACGCUGGAUCCUUGAUGAAAGUGUCAACGAAAGACAAAGCAACCUAUGCAGAGAUACGCAAGGACGAGUCUGGAGGAGGUCGGGGCUUCUGGUCCUGCUGCUCCUGGUGGAAGUGGCUGUUGGGCCUCCUGCUGGGUCUUCUGCUCCUCCUGGGGCUCCUCCUGGGACUCAUCGCCCUGGCCGAAGAAGUCAAACGUCUUAAAGCUCGUGUGGAUGCCUUGGAACAAGCCUCCAGCUCUUCCUCAGCCCAUUCCAGUCGCCUCUCCUCCUCCUCAGCCAUCAACAUCAUAGACCCUUUGGAGUCUGCAUACAUAGACAAGACCUCCUCUCCCUCCUCUACCACACUGCUCCGCUCUGAUAAUGGUAUCAAUCUGGGAGUGGCAGCAGGAGCAGGUCCAGGAUCAGCUAAUGGACCAGGCCAAGACCCUGUAGCUCUGCAAAGGGCAGUUCAGCAGAUAGUCAGGACUGAGCUGCAGUCCGAUACUGUACGAGCAACACUUGCACAUUCAAUGAAAGGAGCGAGAGGAGAGCCUGGGACCAAAGGUGACCAAGGUGGUCCAGGAGUCAAAGGUGAUAAUGGAUUCCCUGGCCUACCAGGUCCUCCAGGUCAGAUGGGCCACAGUGGACAGGAGGGCCCGAGGGGACCUAAAGGAAAUGCAGGUGAAGCUGGUGCAGAGGGCCCCCCAGGCCAGAGGGGCCGAGAAGGACCAACGGGAUCACGUGGAGAGCCUGGUCCUCCAGGGUUUGGAGAGAAAGGGGACAAAGGUUCUCCUGGUGAACCCGGAGGCACCGGACCUGCUGGCACUGCUGGGCCUGUUGGGCCUAAAGGGUCAGCGGGUGGUCAGGGUGCUACAGGUAUCCCAGGAACUCCUGGUCCACAGGGUUUCCGAGGUGAAGCAGGCGCUCCAGGACCGAAAGGAGAGAAGGGACCAGCUGGACCUCCAGGAAAUAAGGGCGAGCCAGGAGAGAAAGGACCCCGCGGAACAUCAGGUGACCCAGGUCAAAGAGGACUUCCAGGACCAGACGGAACAAAGGGAUCCAAAGGACCCACAGGUGCUCCCGGGGCUGACGGUGAAAAAGGCUCUAGAGGUGACAAGGGAUUGGAUGGGUUGCCAGGUCCCAGAGGACCAGCAGGACCUCCAGGAGAUACAGGCCUCCCAGGCAUUCCCGGGCUUCAAGGUCCACCAGGUAUACCAGGUAAUCCAGGUCAGCCUGGAGGUAAAGGCGAAGCUGGAGAACCUGGUAGAAUCAUCAAUGCAGCUGGUUCCAGUUCGGUUGCCAUCCCCGGACCUCCAGGCAGCCCCGGACCCGCUGGUGUUGCUGGAUCCCCUGGACUCUCAGGUCCUGUUGGCCCUGCUGGUCUUCCUGGAACGCCUGGUCCCAGGGGAGAAAAGGGAGAGGAAGGAGAGAAGGGAGACCAGGGAAAGCCUGGUAUUACUGUACAGACUGUGGAAACCACAGAGAAACGUGCACCUGUGGCUAGUCUUCCUGGCCCACCUGGCCCUCCAGGGCCCCCAGGAGAACCAGGUGCCCAGGGUCUUCUAGGUAAGGGUCCCCCAGGUCCUGAAGGUCCUAAAGGAGAGCCAGGUGUACCAGGUGUUGGUGUGCCCGGCCCCCGAGGAGAUAAGGGAGAGCCAGGUAGCUUUGUGCCCAACUCAGGAACCUUCUUCGCUGGACCACCAGGACCUGCUGGCCCAACUGGUCUUCCGGGAUCACCAGGACCCCAGGGUUACCAAGGUGACCCAGGUCAGCCCGGUUUACCAGGAGUUCCCGGAGAUCCCGGUGUCGGUUUCCCUGGACCCCAGGGACAACCUGGAGGUCCAGGACCAGAAGGUGACAGUGGACUUCCAGGGCCCCAAGGUCCAGAGGGCCCCGAGGGGCAACCGGGUCCAAAAGGUGAGGCUGGCGUUCCAGGUGCUCCAGGAAUCCCUGGCUACUCCAGUGGUGGAUCAUCCAGGAGUUCCCCUGGAGCACCAGGUCCACCUGGACCUCCCGGGGAACCCGGCCGUGAUGGGCUACCUGGGUCUGGGGAUGGAACACCGGACGUCCGUCAAUACAUCACAGAAUACCUCAAGAGCGAUGGUGUCAGGGAGUACAUGUCGGGUCCUCCGGGUCCUCCGGGCGUACCGGGGCCCCCUGGUGGUGGAUCAGUGGAGUCAGUGGAUGACCUUGCUAGUCGCGUCAUCGCAUACAUCCAGAGUGGAGGUAUUGCUAGUGGGGUGCCUGGACCUCCAGGCCCGCCUGGCGCUCCAGGUGGAGGCAGUACAUCGCUAAAUGACAUCAUCAGCCUUCUACAGAGGGAGGAAGUGCGACACUACAUCGUCGGUCCUCCUGGCCCUGCUGGACCUCCUGGCAUCCCAGGGAUCCCAUGGAGAGGAGGCUAUGGCUUUAAUACCAAUGAGGUGGCUGGACGAGUCCUCAAUCUAAUGAAUGAGCAGGGUAUGGUGGGCAUGCUCGGACCCCCUGGACCUCCCGGCCCACCGGGCCUACCUGGGUCCCACAGUGACAUCUCUUAUCUUCUGCAAAAUGCUGAAUACAAAGGCGUCUUGGGCGCUCAGGGGCCUCCUGGUCCACCUGGUGUCCCAGGCCCUGCUGGCCCUCAAGGCCCCACCGGUCCUUCAGGACAGGCCCCCUACAGCAGCUCUGGAUACAGGCUGGAGGAGGUCAAGGACUACAUACAGAGUGAUGGUACAAGAGGGGGAAUGUUUGGGCCUCCAGGCCCCCCAGGUCCCCCUGGACCCCAGGGACAUAAGGGAGAGCAGGGUAGCUCUGGGUACGGCCACGCCUUCGACCACAGGACCAGCGAGGGAAGAAGGCUGGCUGAGACUGAGACUGAGACAGACUACUCCAAUAUAGCGGUCCGAGUGACUGACUACAUCAAGUACCAUGGUCUGUUGAGGGAUGUGGUUGAGAACCAGUCUCAGCUGGAGAAGUCACAGGUUGUUCAAGGACCCCCAGGACCCCCUGGCCCUCCCGGUGCGCCAGGAUUCAGCCGUGUGUUUGGUUCCCAUAGUAACGCCACUGACCUUGUGGAAUACAUCAGAGCCCAUGGAAACAUUGUGGGACCCCCUGGAAGGCCAGGACAGAAAGGGGACAUAGGACAUACAGGUCACAAAGGCGAGAGAGGACUAGAUGGCAUCCCAGGAAGGACAGGCCUCAAUGGUCUGGAGUGGAAAAGGGGGGGAAAGGGGGAGAAAGGAGAAUACACACUUGUGACGCACAGAAGAAAGAGGAAUGUUGGUGUUUCAGAAACAAAUGAUUGAUAAAUACUCAUUAAAAUUUGAAUGAAA